CACUCCUCUACAGCACCCACCACGGCCUUUUGUCCCCCUCUUCCCCAGCAGAGGUAGAGGCAAUGGGCACUGGCUCACGACGGGCUGCAAACCCCCCAGAUGGUGGCUGGGGCUGGGUGGUGCUGGGCGCCUGCUUCGUGAUCACCGGCUUCGCCUACGGCUUCCCCAAGGCUGUGAGCGUCUUCUUCGGAGAGCUCAAGCACGACUUCGGUGCAGGUUACAGUGACACAGCCUGGGUGUCCUCCAUCAUGCUGGCCAUGCUCUACGGCACGGGCCCCUUGUCCAGCAUCCUCGUGACACGUUUUGGCUGUCGUCCAGUGAUGCUGGCUGGUGGGCUCCUGGCUUCUGCGGGCAUGAUCCUGGCUUCCUUUGCCUCGCGCCUCCUGGAGUUAUACCUGACAGCUGGGGUGCUCACAGGCCUGGCACGCCUGCGACCCCACGUCCCCUAUCUCUUCAGUCUGGCCCUGCUGGCCAACGGGCUCACAGACCUGAUCAGCGCGCGUGCGCGCUCCUAUGGCACCCUCGUGGCUUUCUGCAUCGCUUUCGGCCUCUCCUAUGGCAUGGUGGGAGCGCUGCAGUUCGAGGUGCUCAUGGCGACUGUGGGUGCACCCCGCUUCCCCAGUGCGCUGGGCCUGGUACUGCUCGUGGAGGCCGUGGCGGUGCUCAUAGGACCGCCCUCUGCGGGCCGCCUGGUGGAUGCCCUGAAGAACUAUGAGAUCAUCUUCUACCUUGCUGGCUCUGAGGUGGCCUUGGCAGGAGUCUUCAUGGCACUUGCCACCUACUGUUGCCUGCACUGCUCUGAGGACACCCCAUCAGGUCUACCUGCUGAGGGAGGAGCCAGUGACACCGAGGAUGUGGAGGCCGAGAGAGACUCUGAGCCAAUGCCUGCCAGCACUGAGGAGCCUGGCAGUCUUGAGGCUUUGGAGGUGCUGAGCCCCCGGGUGGGAUCCCCAGGGCCAGAACCAGAACCAGAGGUGGAGGAAGUGCCUGGGCUGGGUCACGAGUCUGUGUAGACAUCAGGCAGGUGGCCAGAGGGCAUGAGAACACAGCUUCCCCUCUGAGGACCCGGUACAUGGGGAGGCAGCCUGGGGUGGUUCCUGGGGUACCCCAUCUGCCAGGCUGUUUGUUCCCAGUGAAGCUGUUGUGGACCGACAAGUGCACAAGAUAAA